AUGUUCUUCCACGUGGUGCUGGAGAAGAAGCUCCAGCUGCACCCGCGGCACUUCGGCCCGCACCUUCGCGAGAAGCUCGUCUCGAAACUGGUGGCUGAGGUGGAAGGCACGUGCACGGGUCGGCAUGGGUUUGUGGUGGCGGUGACAACAGUGGAGAGUGUGGGCACGGGGAUAGUGCGCGACGACACGGGCUAUGUGACCUUCCCCCUCAUUCCUGACGACAUGUCCUUCACACCUGGCGACAUCAACAGCUACCAGACAGAAGACGGCACGGUGAGAUGCAGUGCUACGUGGUGA